UUUAUUGAUGACGUAAAUAACAUUGGCCGAAGAAGACCUCAAGUGUACAAAGAUAGGCCAAACUAUUACGAUUUAACAGAUGACGAAUUUAUCUAUAGAUUUCGUCUUUCAAAAAGUUGUGUAAAUUACCUGUUAAAUUUGCUUGUAAGAAAAUUGGAGACAGCUACAGACAGGAAUAUGGCAUUAGCCCCAUUGAAUCAAGUACUACUCACACUACGCUUUUAUGCUUUGGAGACUAUGCUUAUAUCAGUGGCCGAUAUGUUUGGUAUAAGUGUAUCUUCCGCAAGCAGAACCAUAAAAAAUGUUUCGUAUGCUAUUGCGGGAUUGAGUAGUUCAUUUUUAAAAAUUCCUGUACAAGAUAUUGCUGAAAUAAAAAUGAAAAUGUUCAAAAUUGCCCGAUUUCCAUUAGUAUUCGUGCAAUUGAUUGCACACAUGUGA